UAUGAACCAACCGAGCGUGCGCACGAGCAACCAGCUCGACCUCCUUGGUCUCUCCCAGGCGAGCUGCUGCCAGCUGUCCUUUGGCAUCUCCCGACCUGCCAUCGCCGCCACUGUCGUCUGCUGCCGAGUCUAUGAGCCACGUCAAGUUCGAGAAGGCGCUGCCAGACCUUCCAGAGCCGGCUGAGGGUGAAAGCCUCCCCGCAUACCGCCAAGAAUCGCCUCCGAGUUCGGCUGUGUCUGGGUUCCGUGCAGAUCAAGACUUGCCCGGCCCCUCCUCUGACCCGAGCCCGCCCCUGCAGACACCCGUCCAUGAAGAUGAGCCCUGCAGACCGCUCUCGGUCGUCGUCGCACCCUCGCCGUUCGACCCCAAGGUCGAGGAAAGGCGAAUGCGGCGGGAAAUCUGGCGCAAUCGCCGUCGUCGCUGCGGAUGCAUCAUCAUAGGCGUCGUCAUCGCCAUCCUCGGCAUUGGCGUCGGUGUCGGCCUGUACAUCCUGAAUCUUCUCGAUCACGGUGUCAGCUACCACUGGCCAACGAGCCCCGAUCUCAAGCCCCAGUACGAAUUCGAAACACCGCUGGAUUUGACGCCGACGGGCCGCUAUCCUUGGUACCCCGACCAGAUUCCUGUCGUCGCCACCAAUAUUACAGGAGUCUCGAUCACAAUUUUGGACCCGCUGGACACAUCCAUCACCCUGACAAGCCACAACUUCAGCGACGAGAGCGUUCGUCUGUAUUAUCACUUCCACACCUCUCUCAAAGAUCUGAUCAACCAGACUACAGUUUCGAUCGUCACUCAGCCACAGCUAUCGUUUGCCGUCCAGGGCCCGCUGCCCUGGCCCAUGAUCCAGACGCUCUUUGUGGCAGUCAAAGUCGAGUUUCCGCGGAAAAUGACCCGGCCGCUCAACGUCACCGUGACCGGAACUUCGGGCAACAUCAAUAUCUUCAACUUGGUGGCAUCGCAGUCCUUUUGCAACUUUCAAGUGACAGCAGGCACUGCACCCAUCAUCGUGCAGCGCGCCGACUUGUCAUCAAGCUCGAAGGUUUCGCUAUUUUCCGGCGGUGGCGACAUCGUUGUUUCGACCUUCCAGGGAUCGUCAGUUUCCUUCGUGACAACAUCUGGUGUAAUCGACCUCACGUCCGUCACGGCUCAGAGCAUCGCUCUCCAAACGGUGACCGGGAUAAUUCAAGUCGAGGAUACUUUGACGGCCACGAAUGUCUCUCUACAGACACAGUCGGGCAAUGUCGCCGGAAUGUUUGCCGUCGCUGGCAGCAUGAGGCACGUCUCGUCCGACGGCAGUGUCAAUGUCCAGAUGACGUUCCCACAAAGUGGGCUCUCGCCGCUGGAUCUGGGAUUCUCGACCAUCAGCGGGAACGUGAGCGUACAGGCCCGUGGCCCCUUCUCGGGCGCCGUCGAUUGCACCAGUUCCAGCGGCCAGAUCCAGAUCCAAGGCCCUUCGUUCGUGACCGACCCAGGCUCGACACCGCAGCAUAUAUCUGGCAACAUCAGCACCGGCGCGAGUCGGAUGAAAGUCAGCACCAGCAGUGGCAGCGUCCGAGUGUUGUUCGUCUAGUGCCAUAUCCGCUGGACGGCUUCCACUUGACAGAGUCAUCCGCCCUGUAGUCCACCUCAUACUUUGUUGUACCAUCCCUAUUCGAGAUAAUCCAGACUUUGAAGUGCCCAAUAUGUUACGCCAUUGGCUUCAACUGA